ACCCGUCAUUCAUCAUUUUACAUUUCAUUGAGAAAAAAAUACCAUAUGGACUUUGCAUUGGGGAUUCGUUGCGCCACUUCAUAGUUUUUAGUCUUUUUAAGUUUAAUCAUGUUGAAAAAUAAUGGAAAGAAGACAGCCAUCUGUGUAGCCAGCACAGCAUGUCUCUGCCUGCUGCUGCUCCUGGCUGCUGUGCAGCAUCACCGGGUCCAGGUGGAUGAGGUGCCGAACGGAGAGAAUGCCGGGACGCGCUCUCUUCUCCAAGAUGUCGCGCAGGCACAGGAGCAGGACGCACAGGGUAAGAUAGGAUUCUCGGCGUACUUCACCAAACUGACCCGGGGACGGAGGGAGGUGGAGAAGCCCGCACGUUCUUCCGCAUCCGCCGCUGACCCGCCUCCAGCUGAGGACAUCAGCGCGGAUGACAUCUUCAUCGCUGUGAAGACCACCAAGAAGUUCCAUCAGUCCAGACUGAACCUGCUCCUGGACACAUGGAUCUCAAGAAACAUGCAACAGACUUACAUCUUCACAGAUGGAGAGGAUGAGGAGCUAAAAAAGAAAAUUGGGAGUCACGCAAUCAACACCAAUUGCUCUGCAGCUCAUAGCCGACAAGCUCUGUCUUGCAAGAUGGCGGUGGAAUAUGACAAGUUCAUAGAGUCGGGGAAAAAGUGGUUCUGUCACGUAGAUGACGACAACUAUGUGAAUGUUCGGACUCUGGUGAAGCACCUGUCGCAGUACCCCCACACCCAGGACAUGUACAUCGGUAAACCCAGCCUGGACCGGCCCAUCGAGGCCACAGAAAGGCUGGGGGACAACAAAAUGAAACCGGUCAACUUCUGGUUUGCUACUGGAGGAGCAGGCUUCUGUGUGAGCCGAGGUCUGGCUCUGAAGAUGAGCCCAUGGGCCAGUGGCGGCCACUUCAUGAACACAGCUGAGAAGAUUCGCCUGCCCGACGACUGCACCGUUGGCUACAUCAUCGAGUCGGUUCUGGGGGUUCCUCUGACCCGCAGCAAUCUGUUUCACUCCCACCUGGAGAACCUGCAACAAGUGUCAAGAUCUGAGAUACACAAGCAGAUCACCCUCAGUUACGGGAUGUUUGAAAACAAAAGUAACAUCAUCAAUUUGAAAAGGGCUUUUCCCGUGGAGGAGGAUCCAUCAAGGUUUAAGUCUGUGCACUGUCUCCUGUACCCAGACACCCCAUGGUGUCCCCCUCAGGUUGCCUUUUAGGGCAACCGCUCCUUUCUCAUCCUCGUCCCCGUCGUGCCUCGGUAUCUGAAAGGCUUGCGGGGACCAGUGUUUGGUAUUAGACCGCACGGCUGCUGUAUUGUUGCUGCAGUUGUGUGCGGUCUUUAAUAGUUUUACUGGGCUGCUGUGCGGCCCGCCUCGGGACUAUUCCUUCCUGUCUGCAGCCAGGACCUUGCCCCAUCAUGUUGUGGUGGAGGACCCCAGCUCUCGGCAGGAAGUAGCUUUCAGCGUUAAGCUUUGCAGGCAAUCAGUUGAGUUUUGUGAUGUAUAUGUUGCUUGUAAAUGUAUCUGCAAUUCUCAUAGAAUGUAUUGUCAUAUAUUCAUGCCUUUUUUACCAGCUUUACAUUUACUGUUCUUAGCUUUUAAAAAUGCAAAGCCAUAUAGGUCUUUGUUGGUAGGCUUUUUGGCUUUUAUUGCAUAUAAUUGGCUUUUUCAGGCAUUUUUGUUUAGAUAUUUUAACUCUGACUCCGGACAAAUGCUCUAAUAUGAAGAUAUUGUUGUUUUUAAGUUAACUGUGUAAUUUCUCCCAUAAACUGAGCUGGCAGUAGGCAGAUUUCCAAAUGCAUCUUUGGGUGAGCUAAUCUGAGGUAUAUCAGGACAAAGCACUUUUCCCUUUCUAAUAUUUUUUGGUGAACUAAUUGACGUCCUUUUAUUGACAUGCCUCAGAUUUGCGUCCAGACUAACA